AAGGUUCCCUAAUUUAGUCACGAGAAUUGAGCUCUAUCCCGUUGACUUUUUCUUUUUUAUGUCAAUUCUCUCUUUUUCUCUCUAACUAUAUCUCAGACACUCUUUUUGGAUCAACAUUUCUCUUUGUGGACUAAAUUUUCAUUCAGAAAUGCGUGUGUUUCCUGUAUUAUUUGGUGGAUGGAUCAAUCAGAACACUCAACAGCCUCUUGUAAAGGAUGAGUCCAAGAGAUCUAAAAAUGUUAAAUCAAUGUCAGAGAUAAAUACUCACGAGGAAAGAGAUGAUACUGAGGAACAACUAAAACUUUGGAGAGGCGCAGAGAAGAAGGCACCAUGGCAUGAUCCCCCUCCUAAGGUGAAGGUGACUACAUUAGAGGGUAUUUGCUUUAUCGACAUGGAAUUGAUAUUAGGUUUGCCUCCUCAAGCAGCUUACAACGUUUUAACAAAUCCAGACAACCAACCAUACUCCAGAAUCAUUAACGGACGCGAGCUUAUAGCAGUAUAUAUGAAAAAGAAAAUGAUGUUCAUGAAAGAUUUUGAGGGUAGCUGGCAAGUAGAGCCAAUAUUUGUGGAUUCGCAACGCUUGUGCAAGCACAGAUUGCCCAAGAGUCAAGAAGAUUACAGACAAUGUAGCGGAGGACAAGGAAAGAUUGCGUCGAAGGUGAAAAUGAACCUGACUUUUAUGCCAUCUUCUCCUUUUAAUCUGCCACCGGUUUCUUGGUACAUCCGUGGGAUUGUAAUCAAGACCACCAAGACUCUGCUCCAAGAUCUUCAAGCUACGUGUGCCAGGAUCCGAGGUGCUUGA